AUGUCCGAAUCCACCACUUCUGACUGUCAUCGUAGUCGGCCUAGGCCAAAGGGGCCGCAGCCACGCCACGCCCUCUCCUACCACACCAACCCAGACUACCAAAUCGUCGCUCUGGUCAACCGCUCAACUCCCCGAUGCCUGCCGCCCGAGCUCGCAGGCUAUAACCUCUUCCAGACCUUCGAAGAAGCCCUCGCUCUCAAACCAGAUCUCAUAUCGAUCUGUACACAUGUCGAUACGCACGCCCAGUACGCGAUUGCCGCGAUGGAAGAUGGCGCAAACGUUUUCGUUGAGAAGCCUCUAGCAGGAAGUCUUGAGGAUGCUCAGAGGGUUAUUGAAGUUGCCAGGCGAACGGGACGGAAGUUGGUGGUGGGAUAUAUUCUGCGCCACCAUCCCAGUUGGCGUGAGUUCAUCGCUCGAGCGCGAGAGCUUGGCCCGCCGUUCGUGUUGAGGAUGAACCUGAACCAGCAAUCCCGUGGCGCGGCGUGGGAGGUUCAUAAAAAGCUCAUGGAAGGUUCCAGUCCCAUGGUUGAUUGUGGUGUGCAUUACAUCGAUGUGAUGUUGCAGAUUACGGAUAGUCGGCCGGUUCAGGUGCGUGGGAUGGGGGUGCGGUUGACGUACUUCGUCAAAGAUGUUAUGGGCCCGAGAGGGUCCGUGUCGAUUGUAGGCGAGGAGGCAGAGGCUGGGUCUUCCGCUGAUGUGGAUGGACAUACAAAGACGUCGCGGUUGAAGAUCCACCGUGUCGAGAAGGCGAAGGAUCAGGUGCUGUCCAUGGUGGACGAGCCGGGUCAUCAGGAGCUUUGUGAUCUGGAGCAGCAGUUCGUGCUUGAUGCGGUGCGCGGCGACUAUGAUCUCUCGAAACAUUGGGCGGACGCGUUGCGAUCGCAGGCUGUUGUGUUGGCUGCGGAUCAGUCUAUGCGCCACAAGCGAGCAAUAGAUCUUGAUCUGUAG